UUUGAUAACAAUUUUUUAUGUCUAAAUAAUCAACAAUAUUGUUUCAAAAAUCUCUUCAAACUUUAUUAAAUAUAUUCAAAUACAGAAUCAAAGAAAACUGUUGGCUUCGCUUAAGUCAUUUAGCAGUUGGGAAAUUUUUUAAUUAUUAUGGAAGGCACCAGUUCAAAUACUGUUUCUAACAUUCGUUGUUCAGGGUCUUUCUCUUCCAACUCCAAAAACAGUCAUGAAUUUGGUAAUUGUGUCUUUUAUCAUGAUGAUGAUGAGACAUUAGCUACUGAUGUUGUUGACCAAAUUUCCAAGGUAUCAAAAUGUAUGCUAUAUUCGGAGAUUAAGACAAGAAAAAAUAACUUUUUUGGGCAUUUAAGUGAUAUCACACAAAAUUGUACUUAUAUUAUUUUGCUCAUAACAGAAAAUAUGCAAAAGGAUGAGCAAACUCAGCAUCUGAGAGAUGAAUUAAUUCGAAUUGCACCAAAAAAAAUAUUUAUUAUAACAAAUGGAGAAGUAAACACAAACGAUUUUGGAAUUGCUUCUUAUAGAAAAAUAGAUUGGCGAAUACCAGACAAAGAUAAAGCGAGAAAAAUCCAAGCAUAUUUUAAAGAUACAGAACAUGAAAUAGCAUCACAAGAACCACCUAAACCCAUCAUUUAUAUUGCAAAUGCCAUCAUGCAAGCAGGUAACAAUAAUGUAGUUAAUGUGUAUGAGGCCACUGAGAAACCUAGAGAUAUGAGGGAAUUAAUGAAUCUAAAUAUGAAUAAAAUUGAACCAAAUGAAGUUGAACCAAAUAAGGUGGAACAGAUUACAGCUGGACUGAAUAAGACUGAACUGAAUAAGGUCAAACCGAGUAAGGCUGAACUGAAUAAGGUUGAACCGAAUAAAGUUGAACCAAAUAAGGCUGAACUGAAUAAGAUUGAACCAAGUAAAGCUGAACUGAAUAAGGCUGAACCAAAUAAUUAAUUUGAAAACAUCCAAGCUAAUUGAACAGUUUUCCAUUAUUUUAUCCAGCUAUCAUCAACUUAUCAUAAUAUUAUGCCAAUUUUUAAGAGUACUAAAAGGUAGCAAGCUGGCAGAAUCAUCAGCACAUCAAACAAAAUGCUUAGCAACAUUUUGUCCAGCUUUUUGUAUUCUGAGUUCAAAUUCUGCUGAAGUUGACUAUACUUCUCAUCCUUUUAGAAUAAGUACCAGUUAAGUACUGGUGUCGAUGUAAUUGGACUUACUCUUUCCACUAAAAUUACUAGCCUUAUGCCAAAAUUUGAAACCAAAUUUUGGAAGUACUUUCCUCAAAUAUAUUUAGUUCUUGAUUAUCUGACCAAAAUGAGCUGAGAGUGUUUUGUUUGAAUAACUGAUCUGAUUAUAAAACAAAAGAAACCAUACUGAACAUAGUUACUUAAAAAAAAAAUGUUGGCACAGUUUUUGCCAUUCAGUUGCUAAAAUUCAUUCUUCUGCAGUCUUUCAAACCAUUGCAUCAUGAGCCAAACACUGCAAAAUCUCACUUUUCUAUUUGAAUGUCAGUGGUGUUUAUUUCCAUGGAUAUAGUAACAACAACAACAAAUGCAAUUACUUGAUACAUGCUUGGAGCAUUUGUAGAGUAAAUGAAGUCGUCACUGAUUUUGCUACACUUUUAAAUCCUUUAGAAUUAUUUGUUAAAUUAAUUCAACAGUUUAAACCCUUUUGAUACCAAAUUGCCUGAGAUAACCCCUAGAUCUAUGACACAAACUCCCUAUUGUAAAGUGGUCUAAAUUAAAAUUUUCCAUAAAAAUUUCGUGUUAGUUCAUUUUUCAAACUCCAGUUUAAUAAUUUAUUUUGCUAAAUAACUUCUUUAUUAAUAAGGUUAAUUAAAACAAAGGUUGAGUAGUUCAACAGGAAUUUGGUAACAAAAGGGUUAAUGUGACCAACUAAAAUCAAACCGAUGGACCAAUCAACAUGUGAUAUUUUGAUAAAUGUAGACAACAGAUGUAAUUAAAGCACCAUUGUCGUAACGUUUUCAUGCGUUCUUCAGUAAA